GGCAGAGAGCAUCCGCCGACCAUUGACACACGUCUUUUUUCUUCGUUGUUUUCUGUCAUUUCAAUAGUAAUUUCGUGGUGAUUAUUUUUGUAGUGGAUAAAAUAAAAUGUACAGACUAUUGUGUAACAAGCACAUGUAAAUAAAAUUGAAGAGGAAGUUUAUAUUGCCCUGGUGAGAAAACGUUCUACUCGAGGAAUGGAGGAAUCCGAAGAAGCGUUACGCCUGAAGUGAACCUAACCAGCAAAGCAAUACGUUCCAUAGUAGUUCCUGCUGUUAUGUCUGUGAUCCCGCUGUGGUUGAUAAAGAACUUGUGAUACAUGUAUUUUUGUUCACGCUUAUAGGUUAAUAGAAAGCUAUGGACACGCUACACGUGACAGGGCAUAGCAAAGGCUCAAGUCGAAGUCAAUCCCCGUCUACUACAGAGCUGUCGAGAGACCCUGCUGUAGUCACUGAUGAUACUGUCAUCAGAUCUAGAGUGCAGUCACCGUCAACAGUGCAUCAUGUUGUCAGUCCAGUCGUGUCAACUACAGAGCUGUCGAGAAACCCUGCUGUAGUCACCGAUGAUGCUGUCAUUAAAUCGAGAGCGCAGUCACAGUCUACAGUGCAUCAUGUCAGUGAGCCGUCAUCGAGCUCAUCAUCACGACACGGCGAGCGAGGUCCACAUCACGUCAAGUCGCAUUCCAGGGACUUGGGAAGCAGCCCACUGUCGGCUAACACCACAGCCAACAGUAGAGAUCUUGAGGACUCUCCUCAAAAGAAGCCCAUUCUUACGGGUAUACUCGCACCGGAAUACUCAGGCGCUGUGUUCAGCCCCAACGUGUCUUAUGCUUUGUCUUCAGACGAAUACUCACCCGCUUAUAGAGGUCAGGAGAGCGAGUACGCGAAUCAAGAUGACUUGGAUGGAAGUAACGUGACGUCAUCAAAGGCGCAGGCAGCCAUCGCACAUCUGAACAACAAAGUGGAGAGAACUAAGGAGCUGAUACGGCUGGAGCAAACCAUAAGAGAUGACAAUGUAAACGAGUACCUGAAAUUAGCGGCGAACGCGGACAAGCAACAGCUGCAACGUAUAAAGGCAGUGUUUGAGAAGAAGAAUCAGAAAAGUGCUCUGUGCAUCGCUCAACUGCAGAAGAAAUUGGAAGGGUAUAAUAAAAGGAUUAAGAAUUGGGAGCAACAUGGCACAAGUGGACAGUCGCAUAGACAACCAAGGGAAGUGUUACGGGAUAUGGGACAGGGGUUGAAGAACGUUGGCGGCAACAUCCGCGAUGGCAUCACAGGACUUGGUGGAAGCGUGAUGGCGGCGCCACGCGAGUUUGCUCAUCUCUUCACGAGGUCUAAUCGCUUCGGUUCGGCGGAUAACAUCUCGCAGCUCGCCGGGAGCCGGGCGUCCGAAGCGGGUGAAGCAGCCGCGCCCCGAGGAUCCACACUGCCGCGCGCCGCAACUUCGCCUGGGCCAAAAUACUCGCCCGAAGCGUCGCCAAGUUCUUCCAUCACCAGUGAAGGCGCUCCGUACCCUACGCAACCCGGAUCGAAUAACAUGUCUGAGACGGCGUUCUCAAUCAAGCCGAUAUUGAAUGAACUGCGCGAGAGGAGAGAGGACUAUGAACGGCUGGCAGAAAAGAUCGAUGCGCUGAAGAAUCUGUCGCAAGAGGUGUCGUUCCUGUCUGGUGCGCUGCAGGAGGAGCGGUUUAAGACUGAGCGUUUGGAGGAGCAAAUCAACGAUUUAACGGAGUUGCAUCAGAACGAGGUAGAAAAUUUAAAACAAGCACUUACGGACGUGGAAGAAAAAGUUCAAUACCAGAGCGAAGAGCGUAUACGAGAUAUACACGAAGCUCUAGAUCUAUGUCAAACCAAAAUUAUAAAAUUAGAACAAUGGUUGGCGGGCGGCGGCGGCGGCGGCGGGGCGGGUGGCGCGGCCGGUGAGUCUGGCGGCGCCGCUGCCCUGCCGCCGCGGUUGCUGCUGGUGAAGCUGCUUAAUGUGGCGCUCACGCUGCUACAACUUAUCUUAUUGUUGGUCGCCACUGUCGCCGGGAUCGCUAUGCCCUUCUUGCGUACCAGAGUACGAGUUCUAACAACGAGUGUGGCUGUGAUGGUGGGCGUAAUGGUGCUAAAGCAAUGGCCUGAGGUGACGCAGCUCUCCGAACAUCUCGUGAGAAGGCUGAAGGAGUAUUUGCUAGACACGCAUCGCGACAGGUAUGAAUGUAAUGCUCUAUGCGGCUGAUGUUAGCCACAGUGAAGUUCUAGUGGUACAAAAUUGAAACUUGUUCUUUGGCACUACCGUGCCCAGUGAAUAAAUAAAAUUCGUGAUAUUGCAAUUUGGCCCUCAUCUGCAUGGAGUGAAGACCAUAUACUACGUGGAAGUAUUUUUAUGUUUGCCCGAUCAGGAAAAAAGAAGGUACUCUCAAUCACUUGUUUCUAACUGCCCCUGUGAUGGGCAAUGUGGAAAUGAGACAAAUAGUACAUUAUUUUGUCAGUGAUAAUGAUGUUAUUUAAGCUAUUCAAUUAUUAUUUGCACAUUUAAAUGUGAUAUUUUGAUAUACUGCGAAACAUGUGAUGUUACAUGGAUAAGGAACCACCCUGGAUUAAAACAAUGAUAGCAAAUCACCACACGCAACCUAACUUAAUGUUACUUCUUUUUGGUGACCUCACUUGUGAAAUGAGAACGACAUUA